AUGGUUGCUUCCACAUCAAUCUCUUCUUCAAGGGCGGACAGCCCUCAACGGUCCAGCACCGGCAGCCCCGUGGAGUCUCCAAUUGCCUUGGACACACCGGCAACUGAGGCUGGAGACCCAUUCGACAAUCUCGGAGACUUGUUGCGCAGACUGCCUUCUGAGAGCCACAUUCUUGUGACUGGAGGCCUCGGCUUCAUUGGAAGUCACACCACGCUCGAGCUGCUAAAGGCCAACUAUAAUGUCAUCGUGAUCGACAACCUCAGCAACUCAUUUGAAGUUGUUUUCGACCGUAUUAGAACUUUGGCUAAGAAGCAUCACGAAGAAAAUGGGACCAAAAUGCCAUCCUUGCGUCUGCAUGCACACGAUUAUCGUGACACCAAAGCUCUUCAACCGCUCCUCGAGGAGUACCGCGUGUCUUCGCGAUGGGGAACUCCCAAGUCAAGAAUCGCCGGAGUGAUCCACUUUGCGGCCUACAAGGCCGUGGAAGAAAGUAUUCGCAAACCACUGAAGUAUUACAACAACAAUGUCAGUGGGCUGAUUGACUUCGCCACAACUCUUGGAGACUUCGGCAUCAAGACUUUCAUUUUCUCCUCCUCGGCCACUGUGUACGGCACUCUUGCAACUUCAGGCCUUCCAUUGAAGGAAGAGCUCUGUGUCCACAAGGAAGAAUUGUACACAGAUCACACAGGCACACAGCAAGCCAUCCAACCAGGAUGCACUGGAAUCACCAACCCUUAUGGGCGCACAAAAUGGAUGUGUGAAACCAUCCUGGCGGACUUGGCUGCCUCUGACUCCGAAUGGACCAUCGUUGCUCUUCGCUACUUCAACCCUGUCGGCUGUGACUCGUCCGGCCUGUUAGGCGAGGACCCGCGCCAGGCACCCACCAAUCUGCUCCCAGUAGUCGUCAAAGUCAUGACCGGCCAAUACUCCGAGCUGUCAAUGUUUGGAACAGACUGGGAGACUGAAGAUGGUACCGCUGUUCGUGAUUUCAUCCACGUGAGCGAUUUGGCUCGCGGGCACAUCGCCGCGCUCAGUUCUGCGAACGAGGGAAAGUUGACUGAGAACUUCCGUACGUUUAAUCUCGGCACCGGAAAGGGAAACUCCGUCAUGGACGUCGUCAGCACUAUGGAGUCCGUUAUUGAGAAGCCCAUUCCCCGACGGGCAGCACCGCGUCGGGAAGGUGAUGUGGGUGCGUGCGUUGCGGUUGUUGAUCGAUCGACCGAAGAGCUCCAGUGGAAAACUGAAAAGAGCUUGAAGGAUGCAUGCCAGGACAUCUGCAACUUUUUGGACAUCAGUGGUCUGUCAAAGCCUGUCAACGCUGUAUGA